AUGGAACCAUACGAUGUAAUAAUUAAUCAACCUGUAGUUAUCGACAACGUGAGUAAUGUAUUAAAAUAUUCGAAUGUUUAAAUCAGUAUGUCAAAUUCAAUUCUACCAUAAUGUCGGCUCCUAAGUAACGCACAAAAUUGUUCCUUUUUCUUUGAAAUUAUGAAUAUUGCAUUACACGAUGUGAUUCUUCUGUAUUCUUUCGUAUCAUUUUCAUUAUUUACAUUUUAUUGUACAAAUAGGUUACGUGUGAUAACACUAGUGAUGUAGUAAAGAUAAAAUAAUUUUUAGCUUUUAAAAUCGAUAAUAAUAUUUAACGAUAGUAUUGUAUGGUUUUUUAUGUUCUUUUUUUUUAGGGCUCUGGUGUAAUCAAAGCAGGAUUUGCUGGCGAUCAGAUACCAAAAUGCAGAUUUCCAAAUUAGUAAGUGUAUCUUCUACUAUCAUCUAAUUGACAUUUUUGACAACUUUCCAAUUGUUUAGAAGUUACUAGACAGGUAUUGAGGUAAUUUUAAGUGUUCUGAAUUCUUAUAAGUUUUAUAGAAUUCUUAUAAGCUUUACUUUUCUGUAUUUUUUGAUUUGCGUAAUGUUAUUAACUAUCGUAAUUACAUGUUACAUUAAUAAUAUUGUUGCAGUAUUGGCAGACCCAAACAUGUGCGUGUUAUGGCUGGUGCUUUAGAAGGAGAUCUUUUUGUGGGCCCAAUAGCAGAAGAGCAUCGUGGGCUUUUAUCCCUUCGUUAUCCGAUGGAACAUGGAGUUGUUACAGACUGGAAUGACAUGGAAAGAAUUUGGUCCUACGUUUAUAGUAAAGAUCAAUUAGCAACAUUUAGUGAAGAACAUCCAGUUUUGUUAACAGAAGCCCCUCUUAAUCCAAGAAAAAAUAGGGAAAAAGCUGCAGAAAUAUUCUUUGAUACGUUCAAUGUUCCAGCUUUGUUUGUUUCAAUGCAAGCUGUUCUUAGUCUAUAUGCCACAGGGCGAACUACAGGAGUAGUUUUAGAUGCUGGAGAUGGUGUCACACAUGCGGUACCUAUUUAUGAAGGUUUUGCUAUGCCUCAUAGUAUUAUGAGAGUUGAUAUAGCAGGACGUGACGUCACAAGGCACCUCCGACUCCUUUUACGUAAAGAGGGCAUUAAUUUCAGAACUACAGCAGAAUUUGAAAUUGUUAGAACAAUUAAAGAGAAGGCAUGUUAUCUUGCUAGUAAUCCUCAAAAAGAAGAAACUAUUGAAACAGAAAAAUUCCAGUAUAUAUUACCUGAUGGAAGUUAUUUGGAGAUUGGACCAGCGCGAUUUAGAGCUCCUGAAGUGCUCUUUAGACCAGAUUUGAUUGGAGAAGAAUGCGAAGGACUUCAUGAAGUAUUAACAUAUUCCAUUCAAAAAUCUGAUUUAGAUUUAAGAAAAGUAUUAUUCCAAAAUAUUGUCUUAUCAGGAGGAUCAACAUUAUUCCGUAUAUCAGCUCCUCAAGAACGAUUAUAUAGUACUUGGAUUGGAGGUUCUAUCUUAGCUUCUUUAGAUACAUUCAAGAAGAUGUGGGUUAGUAAAAGAGAAUAUGAAGAAGAUGGUAUUAGGGCAAUUCAUCGAAUAUAUUCCUGGUGGAAGACAAAUAAUUUUACGACAUCCUGAAUCAAUGACUAAUCAACAAUUAUUGAACAAUCAAACAGUUGAAGGAGAAAGUAUUUUAUUACAAAAAUUUAGUCAAGUGAACAUUUCAGAUACAUUGCCAAAGGAAUUUUGGAUUGUACGUGAAAACGAUGUAUGUGGCGAAGAAGAAUUAUAUUGUUCAGGCAAAGUUGCAAUUCAUUCAAAGGGUAACCAAACAACUAGGAUAUUGGAAACAACAUAUACUUGUGAAACAGAUAUUAAACAUGCACUAUGGUGUAAAUUUCAUACUAAUAUACACGAUCAUUUAGUAAAAAGGAAAGAAACGGAUGAAGAAGAUGAUUCUGAUAAAACAAUAGAAUGUAUUUGCUUAAUUGAUUCAUAUACUCUUAAAGUAUUCACCAGUCUUGGAGAAGAUUAUGUAUCCAGUUUGCAAUUUCAGAUAUACAUCAUUGGAAGGAAGUAGAUUACAAUUAAAUAAUAACACAAAUUUGCCAGUGGUAUUUUCUCUUACACAUCCUUUAGAUGAAAUUUGUCCUGUACUUAUUAAGCAUGGAAACAUAUCAUAUAUGUAUGAGUCAAAUCAACAAAUUGUAUUUACUAGUUGUGAACCAUCUUUGGCUGUGAUAUAUGAUACAAAGACUGGAUUACAUUCUGUAUAUAAAAUACGUAAAGCAUCCACAGAAGAGUGUCAAAUGGUUUGUGGAAAUAGUGAUAUUACGCCUAGUAUAAUUAAUCAAUCAGCAAGUGCUUCAUCUUUAAAUAUUGGAAGUAAUCUUUCCUGUAAUAAAAGUACAAAUAAAGGACACUUAAGUAUUUUUGGGGUACCAAAUCCACAAUAUAAUAUGGGACUAGGAAUGUCAAAUAGUCCAUUUGGUUCUCGAACCACUACUUCAGGAGGUCCAUCACCUUCUCAACAACAACAGCAGCAUUCAAGAUCUCAGAGUCCAAUGGCAACUAUUUCACGUUGUCAGUCUCCUACUCAUUCUGCUUUCUCACCUUUACUUGGUGUAUCUGCGAAUUCAAUCAUUCAUCAUACAAGGUUGCAUCCACUAAUGACUUCUUUAUUAAAUCACACACAAAGUAGUCCCCUUGGUAGUUGCAGCAACAUACAAUUGCAGGAUGUUAUUUCACCAAGUAAACCUUUAUAUCCAGAAAUAUGUCUAGAUCAUGUAUGGACUGAGAAUAUUGGAAUUUCAAAGGAUGGUAUAUCCGGUCGAGCAUCAAAAGUUUUUUUAUCAUCAGACUUCGUGGGGCAGAACUAUUUAUGUUACUUAGUUCCACAUAGAUCUCAACUUUCUUUAGUAAGGCUUGAAAAAACAAAUAAGCAACAACAAAUUAUAUUUGGUAUGGUAACUAGUAUUGUGGCUAAGGGUGCUGUUAAUAUACCAAAUUUACAUAUAAUAGCAAUAAUGGAUCUAUCAAAUGCAGUAGUGUUAUAUUCGGGAGUGAUUUGUAUCGGAAAAUUACACGUAACCGGUAUACUUCCAAAUCUAACUGGAUAUAACUACUUUUUGUCUAAUAUAAAUCAUAAAUUAAGUUCUCCAUUCCCGCGACGAAGUUCAUUGAUUUCUCAAAACUGUGCCGCUUCUCAUGAUAUUAAAUUUGAAGAAGGAUUGCAUUUAUUAAGUCCUGUAGGUGGUAACUGUGCAAAACCACCUAUUUUACUAGAAAAUUCUUUAGUAGAGAAUAAUUUUCUUGUUUUAAAAGAAGCAGUCGGAAAUAAAAUUACUUUAGAAUAUGGAAGUAAAAAUUAUUUUCGAAUAACAUUGCCAACGUCCAGUACCUCUCCCUUAGUAACUAAAUGUUUACAAACGUUAAGAAGUGUUUUACAAAAAGAUUUAGCGAUGCAGUUAUUGGUAAAAUGGUAUGCGGCACGAAAUGCUCCUGGACCUCAAGAUUUUUCACCAGAACAAGAAUGGUAUCUUUUUCUGGUAGUUUUAUUUACGUUAUUAGGACAUGAAGUAGAAAAGUUACAAUUAAUUCAAAAGAAUGAAAAAGAUCAGCUUAGUGAACGCAACAGUCCUAUAGUGGUGUUAAAGAAGCAGAAAACAAAUAAUUCUGGAUCGAAUGAUGACUGGAAGUACACAAAAAAUUUUAUAAAAAGUGGAAAUUCUCAAAUGUUUAUUUCAAAUAUACUUGGCCUGCAGAAAACGUCUAAUAUAUUUCAAGCUUCAGUGCCACAUAUUACAGAAUCAAAUAAUGCAGGGAAAAUAAAUACGCAGUCUAUUUUAUUUCCAUAUUUUCCACUCGUUCUGCUUUCUUUGCAUCUUUUAUAUGAAGAAUUAAAGCUGAAUUGUAUGAUGUCAGAAAGUUUACCUUUGCUUGCACAAUUAUUAUACCAAUUAAGCUUGGAUUUAAAAUUUAAUAUAUACGCUCAUCAUUAUUUUCUUGAUUUUCCAUCCGUCUAUUAUUUAAAAAAUGUUGUAUCCCAAAUGAAGGAAAUGGAUUUGCAGAAGAUUAUUAUACCGAAUUAUAUUCCAUUAAAACCACCGAACAUAUUUGAAACAUUAAAUAAUCUAUUAAAUGGAAUGGCAGUAACGCCAUUCCCUUAUUUAAGUCAAGUAAAUCCAAAGACGAAAAGUGUAAUUUAUUUAAUGGCACUUAUAGCAAAUGAAAACGAAUCUAUCGUAUUAGAAGUCGAUAGAUUUAUAAAGCAUAUAAUACCAGCUGGAAGUCGUAUAGAUUUCCAAGAAAGCGGAAAUAAAUUCGAGAAAGAAAUAUGUAAAAAUAUUGAAUGUACUGCGAUAGAUAGAAUAGUAUUAUUAUAUCAUGAAUUAGGUAUGAACAAAAAAGAUCUUGAAACAUUACCUCCUGGUGUAUCACUAUUGUUGAAAGAUAUAAUGUACAGAUGUAGAGAACGUCCUCCAUCGAAUUGGCCAAUGCAAGUGUACGAAUUAGUAGAUCGACAAGAUUUAUCUGCACUGGAUGAACAUUUAAAAUCAUCAACAUCAAAUCAUUUGGAAAAUGAAGGAAAGAAUUAUUCAAUUAAAGAUCCUGAACAAGAUGAUGGAAUGGAAUUUGAUGAUGCUGUGCUAAAGUUAAGAUUUAAUAAAGAUCACAGAAUAGCAGAAGUUCGAAAACUACUAAAUUCGUCUAAACCGGUAAGAAUAGCGAUAGUUCAGAGGCCAGAUGUAAGCGAUCAUGAAUUUAUAGAAGAACAAGAGAAACAUUUACAUGCAUUAUGCACAAGAACAAUGGCUCUUCCAGUAGCUAGGGGUAUGUUUACACUCAGAACCUCAACUCCUAUUAUUACAGAACAGUUACCAAUUCCUCGACUUUGCUUAACUGGAAAAGCACCUCCUCGAGGAACCACUGUAGAGCUAGCUCACAUAGAUGUUCCUCCAAAUAUGAAUUUAUGGCCAUUAUUUCAUAAUGGUGUAGCUGCAGGUCUUCGUAUUCAUCCAGAUGCAUCUAAUAUUGAUUCAACAUGGAUAGUGUACAAUAAGCAACAACAAGGCGAAUUUGGUAUUGAACAUUCGGGAUUCUUGAUGGCUCUUGGCUUAAACGGUCAUCUGAAAAAUUUAGCACCUUACAGUAUGUAUGAGUACCUAGUUGAAUGUCACGAGGCUACCAAUGUUGGACUCCUGUUAGGAUUGUCAGCAACUCAUCGUGGUACAAUGAAUGUUUCCAUGACUAAAUUGUUAUCUCUUCACGUGGAAACUCUGCUACCUCCGACAAGUAUCGAAUUAAAUGUUCCACAGAACGUUCAGGUUGCUGCAUUGAUGGGAGUUGGUUUAGUAUAUCAAGGAACUGCCCAUAGACAUAUUUCACACGCUUUAUUAUCAGAAAUUGGUAGACCUCCAGGACCAGAAAUGAAAAAUUGUAUAGAUCGGGAAUCUUACUCUUUAGCAGCAGGUCUUGCAUUAGGUUUGGUAGUAUUAGGAUGUGGAGGUGGUCCAGAUUUAGCUAACAUACCAGACACUUUACAUUACUACAUGGUUGGAGGACAUGUUAGGCCUUUUACUGGAGCACAGAAAGAUAAAUAUAAAUCACCUAGUUAUCAAAUACGAGAAGGUGAUUCCAUAAAUAUCGAUGUGACAAGUCCUGGAGCGACUAUAGCUCUAGGUCUUAUGUACUUUGAUACAGGAAAUAAAGCUGUAGCGGAAUGGAUGCAAGCUCCUGAUACACAAUACUUAUUAGAUUUUGUAAGACCUGAUUUCUUAUUAUUGAGAAUAUUAGCAAAAUCACUUAUUCUCUGGAAUGAAAUCGAACCAACAAAGUCCUGGGUUUCUAGUCAUGUUCCUAACAUUGUUUAUAAAUAUAGAUUACAAAAGCCAACCUCUGAAAUAGGACAAAAUGUAGAUUUGGAAACCAUGAACCAAGCUUACUGCAAUAUCAUUGCGGGUGCCUGCAUGGCUUUGGGUUUAAAAUUUGCGGGGACCGCUAAUAGAAAUGCUUUCAAAACUUUGUAUAAUUAUGCCCAGAUGUUUACGGCAUUGUCGCAUAAAACUAUCGCUGAACUAGCAGGGAAAUCAACUAUCGAAACUUGUUUAAACGUUACUUUACUUUCUGCUGCUGUAGUGAUGGCGGGAACAGGAAAUUUAGAGAUUAUGAGAAUAUGUCGACACAUAAGAACUCGUGUGGGACCUGCGAGUAACGUUGUUACAUAUGGAUCUCAUUUAGCCACGCAUAUGGCUCUUGGUCUCCUUUUUCUUGGAGGAGGAAAAUAUACUCUCUCUAACAGUCCUAGUGCUGUAGCUGCUCUUAUAAUUUCCCUAUUCCCCAAAUUUCCAACACACAGUAAUGACAACAGAUAUCAUUUACAAGCUUUACGACAUUUAUAUGUAUUAGCUGCUGAACCACGCGUCAUUUUACCUAGAGAUAUUGAUAGUAGUCAGUAUUGCUAUGCAACAGUGCAUUUAACAUUUGAAUCCGAGAAAGAUGCAGAAGGGCAAGAUUUAAUACUUCAAGCGCCAUGCUUACUACCGCAAUUAUGUAAUAUUAAAAAAAUUGAAUUAAAAGAUGAUCGAUAUUGGGAAAUUAUUUUUGUGAAAGAUCAUAACUGGCAACAACUCAAGAAUAUGCUCAAAAAAUGUAAAACAUUAAGCGUUAAACAGAGAGCUGGUUGUUUACCGUAUAUAGAGGAUCCUCAUGGUUUUAGAAGUUUAAUCGCUCAAACUUUAACAACGGAAAAUGUUAUUGCAUGGGCUGCUCGACCCGAAUGUGUAACUUCGUUUACAAAUGAUAAGACUAUUUUAAAUAUAGUAAAAUGUUUUUUGCAAUGGCCUAAACAAGAUAAAACCAACAACUUAAAAGUGCAAUCUUGCGGUACUUCAGCCAAAAAUAGUUCAGGAUAUCUAUCACAAAGCUCAAGCAAUACAUCCGAAAGAAUAAGUAAUAGUUGGAACGAGCGAUUAGAUUCUUGUAAUGAAAAAAUGGAAAUUGUAGGAUUAUCUAGUUUAAAAAGUACAAGUUCUUUCUGCAAAUAUGAGGGACAAUAUUUCGAAAUGACAGAAUUUGAAAAACAGUUUCUACACUCAUUUGUUAUAAUUGUAUAUGAAUGCGUAGUAAAAGAUAAAGUGAGUCUCCUUCCUUUAUGGGUGAAUUUAAUAAAAAGUAUGGAAAUUAUAGGAAAAGAACCGAAUACUUUUUCUAUAUGGCAAAUAAAACUUGUUUCAUCUCAAAUGUUAAAAAAAUCUUACAUGGAAAAUAAAAAUCCUUUGCUUGGUACAGAAAGUAUACUUGCAAUUAAACAAAAUAUUUCGUAUAUUAUGGAUAACUGGGAGCGUGAGCUAACACCACAUAUAAAGUCUUAUUUAACAAAUGAAGACAUUGAAGAAAAUGUACCAUUACUACGAAGAAUGUGCACAUAUUUCGUAUUUUAUGACAUUCCAUAUAAAAUGGAUUACCAAACAGUCUGUAAGUUUAAUUUUUUAUUGAUACAUAUAUUUUUAUGCUGAUUUAUACUUAUUAUUAUUAAUCUCGAUAUAUUUUUAGUGGCAUCAUUAUUAAACACAGAAGUAAAAUCUAAAAUACCUCAUGUAACAUUGUACAAAUUAUAUAAAAUAUUAAAAUCAUGCUAAUCAUGCCUAUUAUGUGAAUAAUUGAAAUUAGUUUUGUACAAAAUAUUUGAAAAAAGAAUUGAUCAUUGAAUUGUUUUAUAUUUAUAUUUUACUAUAGGAAAGACACAUGAUCAUAUUACAGAUUGAUAAUUUUCAUCAACCUGAAAAUAUGCAUGAAUAA